CAGGUGUACGCGGUACAUUGUAACUGACAUACCUUAACAAGUGUGUGGAUAUUUUAAUUCUAUAUCACAAAAAAACGAUGGAGUUAUUUUGUCGGAAUGCAUAUAAUUUCGGAUACUAAAAAGGAAACUAUUUUGAAGUGCUAAACACAUAUUAACAAUCAUUAUGUAUGCCGAUGAACCAACCCCUCCCGAUGUUCGUCCGAGACCUUUUACUGCCUCAAUCUACCCUGAUUACCCAUGGCAGGACUUGUCUCAACUUAUAACGAGACAGAGAACAACAUAUGGCCAUAUGAAUGACUGGAUGAGAAUGGCGAUGGACCAGAGCUCCGGGGGCGGGGGCGGAGUCCCUACAACAGUGUCGGACAACAACUGGCAACAGUUCAAAUCGCCCGCACAGAAAAGAGAAGAGUCUGAAAUAAAUUACAGAAAAACAUACGCAGAUCUGACGUCAAAGAUUGCCUACAGAUACCCUAACCCUGGGGCACCCAGACUGCGACAGGGCCGGAUUGGCGGUACAUGGCGACACAUUAAAGAGGUGCUCGGGCACGGUGGAGGCAGAGUGUGCUAUGUUGACGGUCUUAUACGAGUAUAUGACGACGCUAGUUUUAACACAAGAUUACAUACAGCUUCAUCUCAAAGGAAUCAUCUACGUAAUGCUCAGCAUUCCUGGGAUACCCCACCCAAUGUACAACUCCCACCAUUAAGUAGCAGCACAGGACAAGUGCAAUUUGAAGAUCCAGACAUAUCUAGGAAAUUACGACUGACAUCUGCUCAAAAGUACAAAGGAUUUUACAGACAGAACUGAGGGUUACCUCCCUUCCUCUUCAUAAUCAAACACUCCUUUACACUGAAGGUGCAAAAAUGUGAUCAUCUUCCACGUCUAAGUGAUGGACCAAUACAGCCUUAUAGGUUGAUACGAACAGUAUUAUUUACACAUCUACUUAUCUUAUGUUGUCAAUAAUUAAAAAAUGUCCUGGCA